UUUUCACCUAUACAUACAACUAUACAACAAUUAUACAUAUACAAUCUGACCGUGUACCCUCACACGUACUAGUACUACCUUUGCUAUGCUACCUUGUCUUUACUCUUGUUCUUGUUCCUAAACCUGCUCUGGUUGUUGCAUUCAAUCAGAGUGUUAGGUAGAUAGAUACUUACAAUCUCCCUUCUUCUUAUCUCUUUCCUCCUUCCUUAAUUCACUUCCUCAACCAAGAUACACUCCCUGAUUGGAUUUGAUGGGAGAAGCAAGUGAAUUUCGAAGAUGGGAUGAGUUGAUUCCUGAUGCAUUAGGGGUAAUCUUCACAAAUCUUUCUCUACAAGAGAGAGUGACAGUGAUUCCUAGGGUAUGUAAAUCAUGGGCUAGAGCAGUUUCUGGACCUUAUUGUUGGCAAGAGAUAGACAUUGAGGAAUGGAGUAAUCACUGUCAACCUGACAAACUUGACCAAAUGCUUCAUAUGCUUAUCAAUAAAAGCUGUGGAUCUCUCAGAAAGCUGUGUGUUUCUGGUCUUCAAUCUGAGACCAUUUUCACUUUCAUUGCUGAAAAUGCUGGUUCGCUUAGGAGUUUAAGAUUGCCAAGGAGCAAUAUGAGUGAUUUGGUUGUGGAACAAAUUGCUGGAAAAUUGUCCAUGAUAACAUUCUUGGAUGUGAGCUAUUGUAUCAAAAUUGGUGCUUCUGCUAUUGAAAUGAUUGGCUUGAACUGCAAAAUGCUAGAAGGGUUGUGCAGGAACAUGCAUCCGUUGGAUACCGCAGACAAGCCGUUACAAGAUGAUGAGGCGUACGCGAUUGCAGCCACAAUGCCUAAGCUCAAGCAUCUCGAAAUGGCUUAUCAAAGGAUCAGCACUUCGGGGGUUGUUCGGAUAUUUUCGAACUGUCCUAAGCUUGAGUUUUUGGAUCUGCGAGGGUGUUGGAGUGUUAACCUAGACAAUAACGUGUCUGCGAAGGGUUUUCCGAAACUUAGAGUUUUGGGGCCUUAUGUUCUUGGUGCUUAUGAGAGUGAUGGUUGGGAUGAUGAUUACUCAGAUGUUUCAGAUGAGUUUGCUUGGGAUUUUGUAGAUGGUAAUGAAUACUAUGUUGAUUAUGAUAGUGAUGGUUAUGAAGGGAGAAUAGAAGAUGAACUUGAGUUUGGAUUUUAUGAAGGGAUAGAAGAUGCUGCAAUGUAUUGGCCUCCAUCUCCAUAAUUUCAAUGUGUUUACAUUUCCUAUUAAUUAUUAAUUUCUUAGGAUUUAUUAUAAGAAAAAAUUCACUUUUUAGAUACAUUCAAUAAUCAAUAGAUCUGAAUCUAGAUAUAUUAAUUAUUGAAUGCAUUUAAAAUGUAAGAUUUUUCUUUAUAAUAAUGAUUGGAAGGAGUGUUAAUUGUAUGGUUUUCUAUUGUGUAACUAAUGUUUCAACUUGACUUUUAUGUAUUCUACUAUUGAUUAAUCCAUGAUGUGUGUUUUUUUCUCUCUUUUAA